AUGCCACGAGCGCGUCCUCGAAGCCUGAACAUCCGAACUCCAAUCGGAGAUGUCUACGGAAGUCCACUUAGGAGUGUAGCUCCACAUUAUUCGUCCCGCCACGGGUCACCCCCAAGACUGCGCCUCUGUCGUCAGUGUUCUGGCGGAUACUUUCCAGUGAUGCCAAGCGCAACGCUCUACUCGGUACCCUACGUGGUUCCAAUGAUGUACGCACCGGCUCCGGCGCCGAUAGCGACACACCUGCCGCCCCCCAUUGUGUACGAGGACCUGAUCCCCGUUUCCCCGGAACCUCCCUACCCCCUUUACGAGACAGACGAGACAGACAUAGGGGAGGUCGACGACUUGAGAACGUCUACCGAGGAGACGUUUUCCACUAUGCAACGAAGCACACUCAGGCGGAUGAAUACUACACCCUCGAACCUGAUUCGUGACUUCGAGGAGACCAAGUGGUUGUCAAUCGAUGACAAAUUGAAUUCGAUUCAAGACUGUACUAUUAGGAGGAACAGUUGGUUCCAGCGAAGUGUCGAAUUACCGAGCGGGGUGAUUACGAGAUUGAGUUGUGACAAGCUGGAAGCAGAACCUUCGGAAAACUCGACGAUGAGAAGGACGAAUGUGCAAAAAUUGAGGAUCUACGGUAAGGUGAGACGGUGGUCACCCACGCUGAGAGCAAUCGCUGAACAGGACUUUAACGAGGAGCUGAUACUACCGCAAAACACCGACCUCAGCACCGUCUCGUACAAACUACAAACCAAGAACAUCCACCAGUACAAUGACAGCCGGUUUAACCAUUCCCUCCGUCACCAUUCCACGUCGUAUGACGUCGACGAAGAGGGUCAGCCGUUCACGGAGAACACGGUGGUAGUGACGGGCAAGGUACUGCGGACUGCCACCCACGAAGUCCACCAACCCAUUCGCACGUGGUCGAAGGAGUACAAGCAGACGGUGCGGGGCACGGUUGAUUUGUCGCCGGAGGGACGCGUCGUGAAUCCCAUCAUCACCACCUAUUCGGAGAUGCCUGAAGCUCUUGUCGAUCUUGCACCCACCCCCGAUAAGGAUACCUCCUACGCGCUGACAGACGAUGGUUGUCAAAUAAAAAUUCGAUUGGACGAAAAGGUAGACCAUGGGAGCGUCCAGCUGGACGUGGAUCCACGUGAGGAGACAGUGAAGGUGGUCUUCGCGCGGCAUUCUAAGGAGGACUCAGAAAAUGGUCUGAACGAGGACGACCAAGAGCCCACCACGACAACGAAUUACGACAUGCAGGUCAAUCAGACCUUCAAACUGUCCGCCAAAAAGUUCGACACGAGUAAAAUAACCAAGAAAAUCCAAGGCCAGGACCUCCUCAUCUUCAUACCGUUUUCACCACAUCGGCUCCAGUCAUCAGACGGGCACGCGUAG